AGGGCUAUAAUACGUCUGCUAAUGUCUCCCUUGCUCUCUCCCCGGCACCGACACUGCCUUCCCUUUCGCGGCGCUUGAACAUUGGGUUACCGAAGUUCGGCAUCGGUUUCACCCUCGCUGAGCAUAAUCCCUGGACACACCACUCCGACCGGGCAACGGCCAACAGCAACGCAGCAACGCAGCCCAGCAUUGCAACGCGUCCUCGAUUCGCUCUUACGCCUUGCGUUAUCACUUUUUUCUCGUCUCCUUGAACUCUGCAUUGGCUGAAAUCGCCUCUUGUCUCGACAUUUCUUAACCUGCGCCUUCCCAUCCGAUCUCUGGUCUCUCAACAGCGUCCCGCCCCUCACGACCUUCGCCACUUGGACCUCAACAACAAUACACAACAAACAUUUGCUGGCAGAUGAAAUGAUUGACGAAGCGAGCUAUAGCGCUAUGAAGGUGCAGAUACCGGAGAUCAAGAGGCUCUUCUCAACUCGGCACUACGUCCAAUGCGCCACUCACUGCAAGCGGCUGCUCCUGACUCGCGGCACGAUACAUCCCGUCCACCUAGCAUACCUGCACUUCUAUCUUGCCAUGUCCCACGACACCAUGGCUCGGGAGGCGACCAUCAAGCACCGUUCCUCAGAGCUGGACCUGGCAGAACAACAUUAUCUCGCCGCCAUCGCAGCACUCACUCCACCCGAGCCGCAGAAAUUAGACGACAUCCCGGAAUGCUCGCCGACAUCGACUACGUCUGAAGAUGAGCAUUCGAGAGUGCGCCGUGUAUCAGACGCCGCUUCCUUGAACUCUGAGCAGUCGGUAGCAUCUAGCGCAACCUCUUUCGCAGACGAGGAACAUGACGCCUCCGAUUGCGAACCUACGCCGAAGAGGUCCAACUACUUCAAAGCGUCUCCCCCAUCUCGGCACAUCCUGGACGACUUCAGCAUGAGCCCGAAGGUGACCAAGAGACGUCCGCCUCCAAUCAUCACCUCCGCGCCGAGGUCAGCGCACGCUCAACCAAAGCAGCAGCAGCUCUCCGCCGACCUCUCUGCCUUUGUCAGCAUGGUGCAGAUGCAUCUAGCGAGUGUCCGCGAGCUGAAGGAGACUUCGACCCUUCCCUCGACACGCUUCUCGUUCUCGCGCUCCCGAAGCUCCACUAUGAGCUCGAGACCUGCCAGCAGGAACUCUUCGAAUCUCGACGAGUCCGAGAUGAGCAGGCUUCGCUGGACGCGGAAGAGCAUCAACUUCCGGCCGCGGUUCGACCCCGCGAGUGUACGGCAACUCUGCAAUGAGGCGCUUUCGGAGCUGUGAUUAACGUCUUCGAGCCGCACGCUGAUGAAGCCGGGGCAUGAAAGAAACGACUUUGCUACACGAUCUUGACCGCUGGCGACUUGCGGACUGGAAUCCCCACCAACAUCGUUCACGACCAUCCCGGGCGAGCCCCGCUAUACGAGACGGCCUUUCGACAGCGCGAGACGACCUCUCCUACCACCUUUCAUUGAGUUUGACAGACACCUCCUCGGCAUUUUCCCUUCCUACCUUUUCUCUGGCGGCAUUUAUGGACAGCAAUUUGAUACCCGUUUUCUCUUUCUGUACCCUUACCUGUACCGACCGUCAUAUUUCUUUUGUUGAACUCUGCUUGCGG